AUGGCAGAGCUGCUGCUGCUAGCAAUCCGGGGGACUUGUCCCGCUGCUGGCUUCGGUACAUGCGCCGAACUUUGCUCCAGUGAUGCGGACUGCGCCUCCACUGAAAAGUGUUGCUCGAACGGAUGUGGACACCAGUGUGAGACUGCAAUUCAAGUUGUUAAUCCAGGGACUUGUCCCGCUAUAAGUGGUGGCAUCGGUAUAUGCAUUGAAGCUUGCUCCAGUGAUGCGGACUGCGCCUCCACUGAAAAGUGUUGCUCGAACGGAUGUGGUCACGUGUGUCAGACUGCAAUUCAAGUUAACGAUGGAUUCUGUCCUGCGGAGGUUUCAAACGCCACUGGUAAUUGUACCAGCGAUGGUGAUUGUGCGGCCAACCAGAAGUGUUGUGACAACGGAAGCAAUAAUGUGUGCGCAAACUCCACAGAUGAGAAACCGGGAAAUUGCCCUGCAAAUGACGGUGUUGGGAUCUGUAUCCAAGAUUGUAGUGGCGAUGCAGAGUGUGACGGUAAUAAAAAGUGCUGUUCCAAUGGAUGCGGGAAUGUGUGCAGGGCGCCAGUUAAACCCGGCAGUUGUCCUCAACCUGGUUUCGGGACAUGCGUCCAAGAAUGUAACGAGGAUUUCGAUUGCCCGGGUGCCAAGAGAUGUUGUGGCAACGGAUGCGGUAAUGUGUGCACCGACCCAGAAUAAAGUUCAAGUUCCUAGAUUUGUCGAGCACCGAAGAAUCCCAGUUACUUGGACUGUCUGACCGGAAACCUCUCUUUUUCCAUCUUUUAACAUGUUUAAUGGAAUACCAAUCAACCUUCACGAAUCAUUGCUUUAUUUUCUGUUAUCCAACUGGAGUUAUCGAAUCAUUUUCUUGCAACUUAAAUGUGAAUCGGGCGAUUCCAUACGUGUCGUACGGGACAUUUUGUCAACAAUUUCUAGUCUGAUUGCUUGAGCAAUGUACAAUUAUUAUUAGUCAAUAAUAAAGUUAUAGUUGGUAUCAUGUGAAAAACUGAUUACCAACCAAAAAUAUGUGAUUAUGGCUGAAUUAAGGGCGAAAAUGUUGUGUGUCGUACGGGAUUCAGAAAUGUCCCGUACGACUCGCUACAUUUUCACCUCUAAUUCACCCAUGGACAGCAUGUUUUUGUUGGUUGUUACUACCAAGUGCCAGUAGAACUCUAUCAUUACCACAAAACAAAUUGAAGCUCUGCGUUCGUUUGGACAAUAGUUUGAAAAAUGUUGUGAAAAUAGCUGACUUUUCUAGCAUGGAAUCGUCCAUGAGAUUUACCGCCCUUUCAAACGUUAUAAAAAAAUCGUGAUUUUAACGAUGAUUCCAGUGAAAAUAAGACUAAUGACGAAUUUUAGCACGUGUGAAACCAAACUAGAACAUGAUUAGAAUCACGAACGCCUGCAAUUAUCAUUACAGUGAUGAUUCAAGAUUCACGUGUGAAAAGGCCCAAAGUUUUGUUGAAAUUAAUCAUCAGCGAGUUGAAAUUGUUCCUCUGUAACGGAAAUUGAUGAAAAUGUUUUAUUCGUAUAAUUGUAUAAUUUGAUGUCUGCACGGUUCGAUGUCAAGCUAUCGCAAAGAUUCUAUUGACUAUAAGGGUUUGAAUUAUUUAUCGAUGAUUAUUCAGGAUGCCAGUCUGAAUAUAUUGAGUGGUACGUAGACAACUAUUUUAUGUAUUAGAAAAAUUAUAUUACUCAAUAGAUGAUAAAUGUCAUAUUGAUUUGAUUUGAUGAACUUUCUUAUAUCUGUAUAAGCCUUCAGGAUUUCUAAAAUUAAAAUCAAUAACAAAAUGUAACUGAAAAUCAUUUUCUCUGAUUGAGAAUAUCAGUUCCAAAAAUAAUACAGAACUGAAAGAAGUGUGUUGCUAUGGUAGUCCCAGUGACCUUUCCAUUUAUCGAUGACUUCUUAUAUUUUACUGGGUUUUUUUUUUCAUUUGAAAAAAAAAGGUUUUUAGUAUAUUUUGAUUUACCUUGAUUUUUUAUUUCUAUCUGUAUAAGUGUGCAUUGAGUUUUUUCUUGUUGGGGGUAUCAUAAAUAUGAUUCAAUCGUCUAAUGUGCAGAAAUAGUGAUUAAAACAAGCAGAAAUCUA